UGAUGAAAUAAAAAAAAAAAUUGUUUAUGAGAAAUGUUAUUAAGUAAUAAUUUUUAAUAACUACAAGUUAAAAAUGAUGUUACUAAACAAGUAUUUCGGAAUAUUUAUAUUCGAUAAUUUUAAUUUAUCAAUAACAUUUUUAUUAUAACAAUCUAACCAUUUAAUUAUUUAUUAUUUUUUAAAUUUAAUUGAAUUGUGUGACAAAUGAUAAAAAAAAUAAAAUUAUAAAAAAUGUUGCCAGGAAUUGGUUUGUUUGGUACAGGAAGUAUAGUUCGUAUGAUAGUACCAUUUUUACGAGAAAAAGGUUUUAAAAUUGAAGCUUUAUGGGGGCGUACAAUUGCUGAAGCUGAACAAGUUGCUAAAGAUCUUGACAUAGCAUUCCACACUAGUCGUAUUGAUGAUGUAUUACUUCGUAAAGAUGUCGAUCUUAUAUUUAUUAUGUGUUCACCCAAUUUGCAUGCACAGAUAGCAGUAAAAGCAUUGGGAAUUGGUAAACAUGUUGUGUGUGAUAAACCUGCUGGAUUGAGCCAGAGUGAGGCCUUGAAAAUGGUUCGUGCUGCUCAGUAUUAUCCUUCAUUAAUAAGCAUCGUAAAUCAUAGUCUGAGGUUUCUUCCAGCGUUUGUUAAAAUGAAAAAUGCUUUAGAUGAUGGUUAUCUAGGUGGUCCUGUUACAGUUAUUGACAUUAGAGUUCAAAUGGGUAGUCUAUUACGCAAUGCAUAUGAUUGGCUUUGCGAUGAUACAAUGGGUGGUGGUAUCCUAGCACUUGUUGGAAGUCAUGUCAUAGACUUAUUAUUUCAUUUAUUAAAUCAAAAAGCAUCAAGAGUUCAUGCUGUUGUUAGGACUUUUACACAAACAACAAAUAAUAUAAAUGGUAUACGCCGUGUUACUUCGCCAGAUUUUUGUUGCUUUCAAAUAGAAUUAACAGGUGGUACACUAGUAACAGCAACAUUAAGUAAUCAUCUUCAAGGUCAAUUAACACAAGAAGUUUUAAUUUGUGGAGUUAAUGGUCAUUUACUUGUAAGAGGUGGUGAUUUAUAUGGAUGUCGUAAUGGACAAGAAGAAAUACUUUAUCGUGAUAUGGAGUGUUUAAAAAAUUCUUAUCCAAAUGUAUCAGAUUCAAUACCACGUCCGUAUAUUAAAGGAUUAAAGAAAAUGAUUGAAGCACUGCGUGAAGCAUUUCAACCAGUAGAAGACAAAAGAGGAUGGAUUAAAGAACCAGUAUCACAAGCUGCUACAUUUGAAGAUGGUCUGUAUAUUCAAGCCGUUAUUGAUGCAUUGAGACAGAGUAAUAAACGACGUGAAUGGACUAAAGUUACAAUAUUGACUGAAGAACCUGAUCCGAAUCCGCUUUUAAGUGCUGCAGUACGUGCAACUGCCAUUUCAAUUUAAUUUUAUAAAAAAGAAAAAAAAACCACAGCAACAAAAAAAAAAAUAUUUUAACGUUAACAUGAACUUUUAGUUUA